AAUAUGUUUUUCCUUGAGGAAGACGCUGACUCGGACUUCGCUCCUUUCAACAGAGAGAAACACACUACCACCCUUCUCAUUUCGAUCCAUUUUCAACGAUAUCAACUCGGAUCCAAAAUCGUUCAACCUGCCCGAGUCACCACCUCAUGGCACGGCCACUAACUCACCUCAUCCUAAUCUUAAUCCUCCACAUUACCCACACCAUCGCCGGCGACACCGCAUUCCUCCGUAACCGCCACCACGCUAUGAUUCUUCCUCUAUACCUAACCACUCCUAAUUCCUCCACGUCCGCACUCGAUCCUCGUCGCCAGCUUCAUGGAUCCGAAUCGAAGCGUCAUCCUAACGCUCGUAUGAGACUCCACGAUGAUCUUCUUCUUAACGGAUAUUAUACAACAAGGCUUUGGAUCGGUACUCCUCCGCAAAUGUUUGCUCUUAUUGUUGAUACGGGGAGUACUGUUACGUAUGUUCCUUGCUCUACUUGUGAACAGUGUGGUAGGCAUCAGGAUCCGAAGUUUCAGCCAGACUUGUCAAGCACCUAUCAACCUGUCAAAUGCACAUUGGAUUGCAACUGUGACAAUGACAGGAUGCAAUGUGUGUAUGAGAGACAGUAUGCUGAAAUGAGUACUAGCAGUGGUGUCCUUGGAGAGGAUGUCGUAUCCUUUGGAAAUCAGAGCGAGCUUGCUCCACAGCGUGCUGUUUUUGGUUGUGAAAAUGUUGAGACUGGCGAUCUUUAUAGUCAGCAUGCUGAUGGCAUUAUGGGUUUGGGCCGAGGAGAUCUUAGUAUCAUGGAUCAGCUGGUUGACAAAAAUGUAGUUAGUGACUCAUUCUCACUAUGCUAUGGUGGAAUGGAUGUUGGUGGGGGUGCAAUGGUUCUUGGUGGCAUAUCUCCCCCGUCAGACAUGGUCUUUGCACAAUCGGAUCCUGUGCGCAGUCCCUAUUACAAUAUUGAUUUGAAGGAGAUACAUGUUGCGGGGAAGCGGCUGCCUCUAAAUCCAAGUGUUUUUGAUGGAAAACAUGGAUCGGUCUUGGACAGUGGUACAACUUAUGCAUACCUACCGGAAGAAGCAUUUCUUGCAUUUAAAGAAGCUAUUGUGAAGGAACUUCAAUCUUUCAGUCAAAUCAGCGGUCCAGAUCCAAAUUAUAAUGAUUUAUGUUUUUCUGGUGCUGGAAUUGAUGUGUCACAACUCUCUAAAACCUUUCCAGUAGUUGACAUGAUAUUUGGGAAUGGUCACAAGUACUCACUAUCACCUGAAAAUUACAUGUUCCGGCAUUCAAAAGUAAGAGGUGCAUAUUGUCUGGGAAUUUUUCAAAAUGGAAAGGAUCCAACUACUCUUUUAGGAGGUAUUGUCGUCCGAAACACACUUGUUUUGUAUGAUCGCGAGCAAACAAAAAUUGGUUUUUGGAAAACCAACUGUGCUGAGUUAUGGGAGAGACUGCAGAUAUCCAGUGCCCCACCACCAAUGCCUCCAAAUACAGAAGCAACAAAUUCAACCAAAUCUGUGGAUCCUUCAGUUGCUCCAUCUGUGUCACAACAUAAUAUACCUCGAGGUGAAUUCCAAAUCGCACAAAUAACAAUAGCAGUUUCAUUUAAUAUCAGCUACGAUGAUAUGAAGCCUCGCCUUACAGAAUUGGCUGGACUCAUAGCUCACGAGUUAAAUGUUAAUACUUCCCAGAUCCACUUACUGAAUUUUACAUCUUCUGGAAAUGAUUCUCUCUCUAGAUGGGCCAUAACCCCGAGGCCAUAUGCUGAUUACUUUUCUAACUCAACUGCAAUGAAUAUUAUUGGCCGGCUUGCUGAACACCGCAUGCAACUUCCUGAUGCCUUCGGAAGUUAUAAGUUGAUUGAUUGGAAUGUUAUGCCUCCAUCAAAAAGGAAUUGGUGGCAGCGAUAUUACAUGAUUGUGGGCCUAGCUGUUCUUCUUACAUCGCUUCUAGGAUUAUCAAUAUUUGGAUUCUUUAUUUGGAAAAGAAGACGGCAAAGCGCGCAUUCAUAUAAACCUGUUGAUGUGGCUGUUCCUGAGCAAGAACUCCAGCCAUUAUGAGCUAAGUUUAUGCUACAGCUGUUUAAUGUCAUGCUUCAUUAGUCCCAGUAGCAUGUUCACUUGCUAUCAAGAGCAAUUAAUGAUGCAAACCAUAGUCGCUGAGCUGGUCAAGGUUUUUGUUUGAAAGAAAUCAGUGUCCACAAUAUCAUUAUCCAGUGAUUAUUGAACCCUCACAGAGAUACAAAAAGAAUUCUCUAGAUAUUCUAUCACCGUAAAGGAAUUUUUGUUUGUGAAUAUUGUAAUAUACAGGUGAAUCAAAAGGUGGCAUCAUAAGAUUGAAAUACAAUACCUUAUAUUGUAAUUUUUACAUUUCAUUUAACCUGUUGUUUACUGAGAAAUGUUCAUACUGUCUACUCUUUGCA